CUCUCGAUACCAUCAAGUAAUUCGACAUCAUAAAAGAAUUCCAGAGGAACCUUAUGAAAAAUGUCAUUUAUUCGAACACUUUGGCAAUGCACUUUUAGCCCGCGUCUCUUCAAGAUUUACAAGAUUUCCUGGUGGGGUCGUCCUGUGGACAAACCGUAUAAUCCAGACAGUCUGGAACGAUGGGGAGAUCGAAUUGUCAUUUGUUUUGCCACAAUGUGGUCCAUCAGCAUAUAUGCCAUUCCAUUUGUUGCCAUAUUUAUGUACCAGAAGGUUUACCCUUUAUCGGAACAUUGGCACAUACAUCUUUAUUCCGUACUAAAACUGCAAGCAAUAGCAGGAGCUAUUCUAAUAGCCUCUUUGAUUGCUCGUAGUUAUUCUAGAGCCGUUAACCCCGUUUAUUUGGAAUUCAUAAAUACUUUAAACAAAGCAAAAGCUUGUGUUAGUCAUGAGACUCGUCAGGAAUUGCAUAAUUUUGAUUUUGAAUUUUGGGCAUGGCCUGUUGACUUUCGAGUCUCUGAUGUACAUGGGAAUGAAAAUCGUCAGAGAAUUUCUCUAGAAAGUAUUGUUAAAUCUGGAUCAAAGGGAAGAAGCAGACAACAUGGAAGCAAAGAUAUAAUACUUGCUCUUCCCUGCAGACUUGCUGCGUACGUGAUAGCACACACUUUUGCCAUAAAGAUUAUGUAUCCAGGCUGUGUGACAUUAGUUAUUUGGGCAAUGCAUCAACCCUUACUACAAGGUCGAACAAAUUUGAUGAAAAAUGGAGGAGAAAGAUAUAAAUUACUAACCGCUGAUAAUAAUGUGAUUGAUACAAUGUUCGUCGACAAACGCAACAAAACCAAUUGCGGUGACGUCUUAACCAUAACUUGCGAGGGCAACUGUGGAUUUUAUGAGAUAGGAAUCAUGUCAACUCCUUUGGCCAAAGGACACUCUGUUCUGGGAUGGAAUCAUCCAGGAUUUGGUGGCAGUACAGGCACUCCAUAUCCGUUACAAGAGGAAAACGCAAUCGACUGUGUGAUGCAGUUUGCUAUAAAUCGUUUAGGGUUUUCAGAAGAUAAGAUUAUCUUAUUCGGAUGGAGCAUUGGUGGAUACACGGCUACCUGGGCAGCCAUGAACUAUCCAUCCAUCCAAAACUUAGUUCUGGAUGCAACCUUCGACGACAUUCUGCCUCUGGCCAUAACAAAGAUGCCCGCACGCCUCGAGGGUCUUGUGCGCACUACUGUCAGAGAGUACCUCAAUCUAAACGUAGCCGAGCAAUUAAAUAGGUAUAAUGGACCUGUCUUAAUUGUGAGAAGGACUGAGGAUGAAAUGAUCUGUACGCCAGUUCCCAUUGAAGGGACCAACGAGAUGAGCGAGUGUAGUUUAUCUGGAAAUAGAGGCAAUCAUUUAUUGAUAAAACUUCUCGUCCGACGUUAUCCUCACGUAUUUAGGGACGCAGCAGAAAACGUUAAACUCGUCCUAAAACUGUUAUGCGCCCAAACGGAACAAGCAAGAAUAUCAAUAAUGGCGGAAGUGGGAGCUUCGGAGGAACGUUUUCUAGAACUUGUGACUAAACAUAUGAUAAAAAAUAAUUGGGUAGUGAGCUAUCCUUCCACAUUGGGUGAAGAUUGUACUGUUGCUGAAAGACAGCAGCUUGCUAUUGUUCUGGCACUUAAGUAUCUGCAAGAUCACCAAUCCACACAUUGCACUCCAUUGCCAGUGGAAUAUUAUCGUCCUGGUUGGAAUCCUACAAAACUAUCGAUCCUGAAGGAAACUUAGUAAAAAUUUCAUUACAUUCUCGAAGCAGAUGCUUAACUUUUAUAAAACAACAAUUUGUUUCUAAUUUGCAAAAUUAUCGGAACUACAAAUUGUCUGUCGUUUUGAUUCAAGACUUCUACAAUAUCUUUAUUAAUCUUGUCGUCUCUUUUGAGUAUGUUCAAAACACGACGAUAUGUAUCCCGUACAAUCAAAACCUUUUGUCAACUGACAGAAUCUUCAAUUUAUUUUGAGUCGUGCGGAUUUAAAAUCACAACCAUGUCAAGAAAACGUAGGACUCAUGAUGGAUAUACAAUUAUGCUCUAAAAUUCAGUAAAUUAAAGUAGUUCUAAAGCCGAUUGCGUCGAUUCCGUGGAAGUUAGUGCUGCGAGCACGGACAUAAGAACAAUAAAGUUUUUAUUUUCAGCAAUCUUCAAUGUCAACGUUACGCCUAAAUGCAUUUUGUAAAUUAUGGGAUUAUGAAGGAAGACACGGAAUAUAUUCUUUUGGAAAGUUAAAAAAUAUA